AUGAAUAUCUUUCGGUUGCUGCUGCUAGCCACAGUAGCUGUGGCCAAGAGGCCCAAUAUUCUCUUCAUUCUGACAGAUGAUCAGGGAAAACAUGUGGGAGGAUUAGAGCACAUGCCUAAACUGCAGGAACUACUCAUCCAGAAAGGAACAACGUAUUCAAAACAUUAUUGCUCUGUUGCGCUGUGCUGCCCUUCACGCGCGAAUCUUUGGACUGGACGCAUGCCACACAACACCAAUGUCACCGAUGUCUCGCUCCCCUAUGGAGGAUACCCAAAGGUCGUGUCAGCUGGAUGGAAUGACAAUUACUUGCCACUCUGGAUGCAAGAUGCAGGCUAUAGCACCUACUAUGUUGGCAAGCUCUGGAAUAGUCAUACUGAGGACAAUUACAAUAAGCCAUACGCCCGUGGUUUCAAUGGAUCAGACUUCUUGUUAGAUCCCUACACAUACCGCUAUUGGUAUGCACGGAUGACUCGAAAUGGAGGUUCACCAGUUAAAUACGACGGUAAAUACUCCACCGAUGUCAUAUCUGAGAAGGCAGCUGGGUUCUUGGAUGAAGCACUGGAGCAGAAUCACCCAUGGAUGCUAACCGUCGCGCCGAACGCGCCACAUGCAAAUGGCUCGCAUGACUCGACUCGCAACGCAAACUGGUUCGGUGAGCCAGAAUUUGCACCACGCCAUGCCGACCUAUUCAAGGAACUUCAGGCCCCCCGGGACGAAAGCUUCAACAAAUUGAUUGAAGGGGCGGUUAGCUGGGUCGAGAAUAUUCCGGAAUUAAACCAGACCGUCAUUGACUAUAUUGACGAGUUUCAACGCUGUCGUCUGCGGGCCCUGCAAGCCGUGGAUGAUCUAGUUGGCAAUCUUGUCGCAAAACUCGAGAAAGCUGGGGAACUUGAUAACACUUAUAUCUUUUUCUCAACGGACAACGGGUAUCAUUUGGGUCAGCAUCGCAUGCAACCUGGCAAGAACUGUGGCUAUGAAACCGAUAUCAAUGUUCCUCUUAUCGUAAGGGGACCGGGUAUUCCAGAGAAUCAGACAUUCGACGCAGUUACCAGCCAUACCGAUCUCGCUCCGACAUUCUUGUCCAUUGCCAAUUCUACACGAGAGGGGCUUGAUGGAAAGGCUAUUCCAUUCACCCUCGAAGCUAGUACAUCUGACGAUAGGACGGAGCACGUCGCCAUCGAAUACUGGGGACUAGCCGUACCUGAAGGGAUCUAUGGAUACGCCAGUGACAAGACAAAUGAGAUCGGCAACUCUUACAACAAUAAUACCUACAAGGGAAUUCGAUUGGUUUCCGAUGGCUAUAGCUUAUAUUAUGCAGUGUGGUGCACAAAUGAGGUUGAAUACUAUAAUUUGAAGGAUGAUCCUCACCAGACAGUCAAUCUAGCCGCUCACCCGAAUCAGUAUUCUCAUUAUAAGAUUGCUAAUCGGGAGCUUCCCCAAAUCCUACACCGUCUGGACGCGCUCAUGAUGGUCCUGAAAUCCUGCGAGGGCGAUGCCUGCCGUUACCCGUGGCGUCAAUUACACCCUGCUGGAAAGGUGAAUAGUCUGGCUGAGGCUCUUGACUCUGGCUUUGACAAGUUUUAUGAGAAUCAGCCCAAAGUAUCCUUCCUCACAUGUGAACACGGGUAUAUUGUCUCUUCUGAAGGCCCACAGAAGUUUGACGUUUAUGGAGGCGGGACAAAGGAGAAGAGAUGGGACGAGACAGAAAAACGUUGGGAAGACUCUUAUCUGUGA